CAUUUUCCUAAGAUACCUUGGAGCUUUGGAACUUUGAACUUUGGCCUCAGUUAAGUUCAAAACCAUUAAAUUUGGAAGUAGAAGCCGCGGGAAUAAUAUACAAUCAUUCAAAUUUAAAGCUGUAGAGAUCGGAACAAAUGACGUAUUCAUUUCAUCGAAUUUAAAGCUUUACAGACCAUAAAGAGGUAUCGAAGAAAAAUGGCGAAUGGAGUUGCAGCAGUUGACAGCCUAGAGCAGCUAUUUGUCAAAGCUAACAACGAUUUAAUGGUUGUGCAGCAUAAGUUGGAAAUAGAAUCAGAGCAAAGAUAUGCUGAUAAGAAUAACCCCCUAAGGUUAAUGUACCGCAUUAAGAAGAUCCAGGAUGAACUCCCAUUGUUGAAAGAGCAAUGUGAGAAACUGCUAGCAGCGAAGCAGGAUUUGAUUGAUAAGACACAAACUAUGCUAGUUGGAAAUAGAGCUUUGAUACAACGUUUGCAAGUGCGCACAAAUAUUCCAGUCACCAGUGAUUCUGAUGACCUGGUGUAUACUUCUUUGGGAAAGAUAAUUGACGAAUGGAAUGAGCAACUUGGCCUCAAGUCUAAUGAGAUGAUGCAUGACAAUGGAUCUGAUGCACUACGGGAUUUGAACCAAAAGUUAUUCUCUUCCAAAUUCAAAACAGUUGAUGAAUCUGAUUGCUGAUGUUAUAGCCAAUUGAAGGAAUAAAUUUAAUGGAUCCUAUGCUUGAAACUUAAAGAGAGUGAAACUCUCACGCAAUGUAUUACCUUACAAAUCCAAACAUACACAUCAUUCUUGAACUUCAAUUUGACAAGUGAAUUAUUUCAUUCCCCACAUCUUGGACAUGUUCAUAAAAACUGACUAAGUUUUUGCACAUGUUCUCUAAAUCAAAUAUGUACAUAAUAAGAGUGCUUUUUUUCCUUCCA